AAGUAGGUGUUAGAUUAGCACAUAGCAUGGCCAAUUAAUAUUCAAAGUAAUGUAAAGAGAAUGCAGUGUGAGCUUUCAGCUGGAAUCUCUAGUGCAGUUCAACAUCAUUAGUUGGAGUGUCGUGUGUUCCUUCUUACUUUAUCUUUACACCUAAGGAUUAGAAAGCGUUAUUUUCAAUAAGCUGAGAAGGCACCGUAAGAAAUGGAGCCAUUUUGAUCCCUAAAGUGGAGCGGCAGUAAGGUGCAAUUACUUCUCUAUAUAUGUCACUGGCUCGUUAAAGGAACUAACAAAUCCAGCCUCUCAAAUAUGGGGGUCUUUUAUCAAGAAGACCCACCAAAUCCUUCUAAGAAAUCCUUUCUAGCAGCUGCUUUGAAGGAUGCAUUUUGCAACUGCCAUACUUUUAGCAGACAGCUACCGAAUUCAAACGCAGAGGACAAAUAUCCUACGAGUGACUUCGAUGAUGAAGAGGAAGAAAUUGUAUCAGAAAUCAGAAGUCGAGCAAUGGAAAAGUUGAGACGAAAGACUAACCUGUCGGACAGCUUUUCCUGGGUUUUCUCACCUGCAACCAAAGAAUUGUAUAUAACAUCAAUGGAGAUUGAGAAAAUGGGUGAGUCUAGAAAUGAAGAUAACACAGGAGAUGAGUUCUACUCAGUUCAGAGUUUUCUCACAUGUUGUUCAAGUGCUGCAACCAAGGAAGCAUUCUUUUCUGUGGAGGCCAACUUUUCCCGAGGUUCGAGCUUAAAUGGUCUUGAUUUUGUAGACGAAGAUCUCAAGAGGCACACUGCCUUGCAGGAACUUUGUCAUUGUGAAGGAUGGCCGUUCGGUCUUUGCAGGAAGGCACUGUUCGUUCCUCCUCUGCCCAAGUCGCCAUCUGAAUCUUGGUCAUGGAGUAAAUGGAAUAAAGGCACCAAAGUUGUAAAGACAUAUUGAUGUCCAAAUCCUGUGCUAAGUUUCAUUUUUGUAGAGGCAAUGUUGGGAGUGAAGAGUCCAACAGACCUCCUCCAAGCUAGUCGUCUGAUUAUAUCCAAUUUUCACCUCUUCUUUACUUCAUAAACAUAUGCUUUAACACUUAAGUUAUUAACAACAAUUACGAAGUUACUGUAGCAA